CGGUCUGGAUUACAUUGAAGAACUUCCUGUAGACAUUCCAACUGAAUUGCUCAGUAAGCUUCGUAAGCUGCCCAUUGAGAAAUUGGACAUGAUUCCUCUAGGAAAGCUGCCAUUAGAAAAACUGGAAAAGCUUCCUUUGGAUAAGGUCCCACUAGAAAAGCUUCCUUUGGAUAAGGUACCACUAGAAAUGCUCCCUGGCGGAUUACUUGGGGGAAGUGGCAAGUUCGUGCCGGAAUAUCUCCCUGCUGAAGAACAAGCACCAGUUUCUGCGAGUGCAGUUGCAGCUGCGAUUGUUGAAUUUUAACAGUUUCUAGCUGAAAAGGGCUUGGGAGAAGUAGUGCUAGGCGGUCUGGAUUACAUUGAAGAACUUCCUGUAGACAUUCCAACUGAAUUGCUCAGUAAGCUUCGUAAGCUGCCCAUUGAGAAAUUGGACAUGAUUCCUCUAGGAAUG